AUGGGUGCAACGCAACCAUGCAGUCCAUGCUGCGUGCGACGCGGCGAAGACCCUGCCUCGCAACAUCCGCCUCGAGAUGCCCCGGAGUUCGAGGCCAGCCUUGGCCAGUCGGCACACAGCUUGCAGGUGGAAGGGACGCCGCCCAAGCGCAUGGAUCGAAAAGGCAUUCCUAUCCUUCCCCGUGGCGAGAUCUCGGAAGGGAGCGCCUCGCAUAAAAUCACGUUUGCGGACGACGAAGGCGAAGCUGUGGAAGAAGUUUGGGAGAUUGAUAACUCGCAGCUCACUGCGAAACAGAAGCUGAAGAAGACCCUGAAGGGGAUUCAAGCCAAGCUGUCCCUUACCCGCAACGUGUGA